GGUAGAACAUGGGCCACGGGUCCAAACUUUUUCCACAAGUAAUUUCCGAGAUACAGAGCCUCCAGGAUGUAGCUAUUCAUACCCUGUUCCCGAUACGAUACAGGACAGGAUGGCGAACAGCUGACUCAAAACGAUGUUCUUCCUAAGAAUCAUGACCACUAAAUGUUUUGGGGAUCAAAGGGCGUAUCAUUAGCAGCAGUUCUGGUACCAACAGAG